ACAACCACAAAGAGACAAAACUACAACAAAAAGACAAAACACCUCAACUACUGUCAGCCCCACGUUUAAAAUUAGCUUGUAAAAAACAAAGAAGUCCAAAAUGUUUACAAACCAACUGUAAACUGCAUCAGAAGUAAUAUUUCACUGUAGAUCUUUCGGGGAGUGAACGUGUUGUUUCAGCACGUACUUUCACUCUGAACACGGUAUAAAAACAGACGUGUUUAGACGCCUCUGGCUUCUCUCUGAGCCUCCUUUUCAUAAUUGGACUUAAUCAUCUGCUCUGACCAUAAAAGCAGCGCCUGUGUGUUCAGGGAGAGAACGGAAAUCAAACACAUCCUCUGCAUUAUUUAUGGAGUCGUUCACUGAGUUUCAUCAUCUGCAUCUGUUCUCUUUAAACAAUCUCUCCUUCUUUCUGCCUUUUCAGAGCUUCUUUGAGGGACAGUCGGCUCCGUGGGAUUCGGCCAAAAAGGACGAGAACCGCAUGAAGAAUCGCUACGGAAACAUCAUCGCCUACGACCACUCUCGUGUGCGUCUGCAGCCUCAGGACGGAGACGGCGGCUCUGACUACAUCAACGCCAACUAUGUGGACGGCUACCACAGACCGAACCACUACGUCGCUACUCAAGGUAAGAAGUGAAACACUGUCUUCUGAUGUUGCUCUCUGUGUCCUCAGAGUAACAACACUCCAACUGAACUCUAGGGUCUGUAGUAACAACACUCUAACUGAACCCUAGGGU